ACUGAUAACAUUGUACAGCCUUGCUCUACCAGUGCCUCAAAGCAAGAGCUAUUUCCCACCACACUGAUAAUUUGCCAGAUUCUCUAUCAAAUACUCUCAAGGCAGUACAUUACCUCAGCACUUCCCUGUGGCUGGGAAUGGUCCCAAAUGCCUCCUUUACACAGUCUAUGCCAUUGUGCAAAACUUUCCAGUCCCACACAGGAGCACUGCCCUACAAAAGCACUCUGGGAUGGGGCAGGAAAUGAACAGAACAAAUCCAGAGUACUUCAGAACAGCCCUUUGUACACAGCACCUUCACAGAAGCAACAGAUGAAGGCAAACCUCAAGUGUCUCCCACUUCAGGAUCUCGAUCACAGCACCUGGCUACUGUUUGAUUUCUAACACAUACCUUUGCUCUGACCACUGGCAGUCUGGAGAGAAACUGACUUGGAGGAGUGGCAGGCUUUGCAGAACCUGGGAUCCACUAUUUCCCAUUCAAAUGAGCACUAAUGCAAAACUUGGCACGAGUGAGACACAUGGAGCUUGAAGAGACCAAAGCAGGGGAUACUUUUCGAAGUAUGGAAACAAAGCUCUAAGUUAAGGAAUAAGAAGAAAGAGUUAACAAAUUACUAACUCGUUUCCCCAUGUUUCCUAAAUGGAAGUAAAAGCAAUUCUGCAGAUGAACUUCUAAGAAAUAGGAGUAGAAAUACAUCAAAAAGAACAUCUACCUGGACUUCAGCAAGUGCCUCCUCAGCAAGUCUAGGUGGAGUGGCUGAUACCCAGGAGUCCUGUGCUGUCAUUCAGAAGGAUCUAGAGAGGCUGGAGAGAUGGGCAGAGGUGAAAGUCAAAGGCAAGUGCAGGACCCUGCACUUGGGGAAGAACAGUCCCAUGCAACAGUACAGGCCAGGGGCUGACCUGCUGGAAAGCAGCUCUGCAGGGAGGGACCCGAGAGUGAGUCCUGGUGGACAAGCUGUCUAUGAUCCACCAGCAGUGUGCCCAUUUGGCAAAGAAGGCCAAAGGUGUCCUGGGUUGCCUUGGGAAGACCAUUGCCAGCAGGACGAGAGAGGAUCCUCCCUCUUUAUUCGGCCGUGGUGAGGCCUCACCUGGAGUAACGUGUCCAGUUGUCUACAAGAGAGACCCUGAGCUCCAAAAGCAACUCCGACAAAAGGCUACUAGAAUGAUUCUCUAGAGCAUCUCUUAUAUGAGGAAAAGCUGAAGGGACUGGUCCUCUUCUCAGUGGUGCCAAGCAACAGGAAAGGAAGCAACAGGCAAGGAUGCAACAGGCAUAAAGCAAAACACAGGAAGUUCAACCUGAACAUGAGGAAGAACUUUACUGUGUGGGUGACUGAGCAUUGGAAUAGGUUGCCCAGAGAAGCUGUGAGUCUCCUUCCAUGGACACAGUUCUGGGCAAUGUGCUCUUAGUGACUGUGUGUGAGCAGAGGGGUUGGACCAGAAGACCCCAAAUGGUCCCUUCCAACCUCAGCGUUCUGUGAUUCUGGAUCUACAAUGAGUAUAGAUUUACAAGUGGAACAUUUUUAAGGAAAAGAAAAAACAACCCAAAAAAAACCCACUAUCCACGUCUGUGUAAUUCAAAGGGUAAUUAAACACAUGUCUGAGAUUCAGCCAAGAGAAAUCUGCGGUACAGAAAGUUCCCUGGGGACGUGACAGGUGGCAAGGGAAGCAUGAACAAUGCCACGAAGCACUGCACCAUGUGCCAGGACAGAGCCAGGGCAUCCUGCAGCACCAGAAAUCCAGUCCUCUCCUCUGCUUGCUUCCAAUUCCAGGCUACAACAAGGACCAGCAUGGCUCCACCAUAUCAAAGAUGCUUGGGAUUUGGAUACUUGCACUAUGCCUGCUCAGCGCAGCAGAAGGUUCAGAAGUCUGCUAUGACGAGCUGGGAUGUUUCUCAGACAGUGUGCCAUGGUCUGGAACUGUAGAAAGACCAAUCCAGAGGUUACCCUGGAGUCCAGAAAAGAUAGAUACUCGCUUCCUCCUCUUCACAAGAGAAAAUCCUGAUAGCUAUCAAAGGAUCUCAGCUGAUUCCUCCAUUGGCUUCUCCAACUUUAAAACAAGCAGGUUAACCAGAUUCAUCGUCCACGGUUUCAUAGACAAGGGAGAAGAAAACUGGCUGUCAGAUAUGUGUAAGAGGUUGCUCACUGUGGAAGAUGUGAACUGCAUCUGCGUUGACUGGAAGAAAGGCUCAAGAUGUACGUACACCCAGGCAGCAAACAACGUCCGUGUUGUGGGUGCUGAAAUAGCUUACUUUGUGAACACCCUUAAGGACACAUACGAAUACUCUCCAGCCAAUGUUCACAUUAUUGGUCACAGCCUUGGAGCACAUGUGGCAGGCGAAGCAGGCAAGAGGUGUCCAGGAAUUGGAAGAAUUACUGGACUGGACCCUGCUCAGCCUUACUUUCAAGGGACUCCCAUUGAAGUCAGACUGGAUAAAACUGAUGCCGAGUUUGUUGAUGUCAUCCACACAGAUACAGCUCCCACAGUCCCCUACUUAGGGUUUGGCAUGAGCCCAGCUAUUGGACAUCUUGACUUCUAUCCAAAUGGAGGAGUGGAAAUGCCUGGAUGUGAAAAGAAUGCUGUGUCACAGAUUGUAGAUCUCGAUGGCAUCUGGGAAGGAACUCGGAACUUCAUGGCUUGCAAUCACCUGCGGAGUUACAAGUAUUACUCUGACAGUAUUAUCUACCCUGAUGGAUUUCUGGGCUAUUCCUGUGCUUCAUAUAAUCUUUUUCAAUCAGGAAGCUGCUUCCCAUGCCCAGAGGAGGGAUGCCCGAAUAUGGGUCACUAUGCAGACAGGUUCAAAGGGAAAAUUAGCAGUGACUUUGUGAAACUUUACCUGAACACUGCAGAAGCCAAGGACUUUCCUCUUUGGAGAUACAAAGUAACUGUGACCCUCUCUGGAAAAAAACAUGUGACAGGAUAUGUAAACAUUGCCCUCUAUGGAAGCAAUGGGAACACAAAACAGCACCAGAUUGUCAAGGGAAUCCUCAAACCAGACAACACUUACAUAGGCUACAUUGAUGCAGAAGUUAAACUUGGAACAGUUACAAAGGUUAAAUUCCUCUGGAACAACAAUGUGAUAAACCCAUCUCUUCCUAAACUAGGAGCUGCAACUGUUGUAGUACAGUCUGGAGAAGACAGGAGAGAAUACCGUUUCUGUGGUUACGAGAGAGUGAGAGAGGAUGUUCUGCUGACUCUUACUGCUUGCUAAAAGCACAUAUGAUUAUACCAAACCUUGAUACCAAUAAAAGCUAG